CAGCGGGCGGUGUACGGAAAAAGGGGAGCGGGCUGCGCUCUCUCCAGCCCGUGCUGUCAAGGCGCAUGGCCCCACAGCACCUUCCGCAGUGCCACCGCCCCGGAUCCUCCCUGCCCGCCUGCAGCCGUGGACCCGGCUGCGCACGGGGCGGGCCUGCCGCCGUUCCCUAGGUGAGCGCGUUCCCCGCCCCUCCCGCCGCGGCCUCGUCAGCGCUGCCAGCGUGGAGCCGGCUAGGGCUGAGGCGGAAGUGCCCGGUAGGGAGGCGGCGCGCACCGGAGAUUCCGCUGGCCAUGGACGCCUCUCUGGAAAAGAUGGUUGAUCCUACUCUAGCAGAAAUGGGGAAGAAUCUGAAUGAAGCAAUGAAGAUGCUAGAAGACAAUCAAAGAAAAGUGGAGGAGGAAAAUGAAAAGAAGUAUUCACGUAAGGAUAUUCCUGGCCCACUCCAAGGCAGUGGUCAGGAUAUGGUGAGCAUACUUCAGUUAGUUCAGAACCUGAUGCACGGAGAGGAGGAAGAGGAAGCUUCACAGGCCUACCGACUUCAGAAUGUUGGUGAGCAGGGUCACAUGGCUCUGCUGGGACAUAGUUUGGCUGCUUAUAUAUCAGUGCUGGACAGGGAAAGGCUGAGAAAACUUACAACAAGGAUCCUUUCUGAUACUACUCUCUGGCUCUGCAGGCUUUUCAGGUAUGAGAAUGGAUCAGCAUAUUACCAUGAAGAUGAUCGCCAAGGCCUGCUGAAGAUCUGUCGGCUUGUUAUCCACACGCGCUAUGAGGAUUACACAGUAGAAGGGUUUAACGUGCUCUGCAAUAAGCAGCCCGUCAUCUACAUUAGCUCUGCAGCUAGAAUAGGCUUGGGACAAGCUCUCUGCAAUCAGCUAGGGUUGCCCCUUUCUUGCAUGUGCCGUGUGCCUUGUAACACCAUGUUUGGAUCUCAGCACCAAAUGGAUGUUGCUUUGUUGGACAGACUAAUUAAAGAUGAUGUGGAGUCUGGAAAACUGCCUUUGUUGCUUGUGGCCAAUGCUGGGACACCAGGUGCUGGGCACACAGAUAAGCUUGGCCGGCUGAAGGAGCUUUGUGAGCAGUAUAAUAUGUGGCUCCAUGUAGAAGGUGUGAAUUUGGCAACUUUGGCUCUGGGUUAUGUUUCCUCUUCUGUACUGGCUGCUACAAAGUGUGACAGCAUGACUCUAACUCUGGGUUCUUGGCUGGGUCUCCCGGCUGUGCCUGCAGUGACGCUCUACAGACACGAGGAUCCCUCUUUGUCCUUGGCAGCUGGGCUGACAUCAAGUCAGCCUGUAGAGAAGCUCCGUGCCCUGCCGCUGUGGCUUUCCUUGCAGUACCUGGGCCACGAUGGGAUUGUGGAGAGGAUAAAGCAUGCCUCACAACUAAGUCAAAGGUUGCUGGAAAACCUGAAAAACCUGGAUUUCAUUAAAACUUCGGUUGAAGAUGAGCUGAGUUCACCAGUGGUGGUUUUCAAGUUCUUCUGGGAAUAUUCAAAUAGAGAUCAAACCUCACAUGCUGCACAGGCCUCAACUAUUCAGCACCCCAUAAUAAGCAACGAAAGACACGUUUAUGACACUCUGAAUCAGUGGCUAGGUGAGCAGUUGGCACAGCUGGUUCCUGCCAGUGGCGUUGACGUGGUAGAACUGGAAGAUGAAGGCACCUGUGUGCGUUUUAGCCCACUGAUGACUUCUGCAGUUUUAGGAACUGAAAUACAGGAUGUUGAUCAGUUAGUAGACUGCUUGAAAAUGAAGAUACCAGUAUUGACAAGUACCCUGCAACUGAGAGAGGAAUUUGAGCAAGAAGUGAGAAGAACAGUAGGCCUGUUGUAUAUCGAAGAUCUUAACUGGCCAGGACUAGGUGUUGUAAGAUACAACUGUCACAGCGACGAGGAGAACGACGACAAGCGGGAGAAAGAACUUGAAAAAAUCAAUACAGAGCUCCUGAAAAAGUUAAAUGAACUGGAGUCAGAUCUCACCUUCUCUUUGGGUCCAGAAUUCGGAGGGCAGAAGAACUGCGUUUAUAUUGGCAUGGUGACUGAGGACCUGGACGUGUCAGAGCUAGUUGAAACUAUUGCAGCCACUGGCAGAGAAAUUGAAGAAAAUUCCAGACUGUUGGAAAACAUGACUGAAGUUGUUAGAAAAGGGAUACAGGAAGCACAACUUCAGCUUCAGAAAGCCAAUGAAGAACGACUUCUGGAAGAGGGACUGCUACGACAGAUACCUGUAGUAGGCUCUGUGCUCAACUGGUUCUCUCCAUUCCAAGCCUCACCAAAGGGAAGAACAUUUAAUUUAACAGCAGGCUCUCUAGAAUCCACAGAAUCUACCUACGUAUCAAAAGCCCAAGGAACAGGCACCACUCCACCACCAACUCCUACUUCUAGCCUUGCAAAGCAAAGACUUCCUGGUCAGAAGAUAUUUAAAAGGUCUCUAAGAAGUUCUGAUGCAUUCAGUGAGACCAGUUCAGUCAGCCACUGUGAUGACCUGGAGAAGGUAGAGCAGAGACCCCCAACUCUAUCCCCUGGACCUCUGGAGACAGAAAAAACAGAGGAGCAGAAGGAGGUGGCACAGGCAACAGAGACAGACACUGAGGACAUUCACAGAGACAAAUUGCCACAUGACUGCACAAAGGCAGAGGAACACGAAAGUCAAAGAUAAAAUCCAGACUAUGGACUGCAGACUGGGCAGAGGAGACCUGUGCCCCGGGAGGCCAGGUACUAAUGAUGCAUUUAGGUGAAGAGUGCCACAUGCUAGUAGUGAUGACUACUGUAACUUAUCACCUGGGGUUUUGCACAAAUUUAAACUCCCCCCUUUGGGACAGAGAUUUGUCUUACCUUGUUACAGUUCCCUUAAUCCUCUGCCUGUCCAUGUCACCAAAGUACCAGUGCAAUUUAGUGAGUGCUCAUCAACAUCUGUCAGAACAACUGGCAAUUAUCCUUCUGUAGGAAUCCAAGCAUGGUAAUAGUUGCUAAUGAACCAAUUAAUCAGCCAUACACAAGAUGAAGAAUACAGCUGCACCCAGUAAUUGUAAAAUGAUCUUAUUACAUAAAAUACACUUAAAAAAACUAAUCAACUGCCAAUAGUUCACCUUUUUAAGAGUUAGAGGUCAGUUAAGCCUCCUGCCAAACCUCUCCUGAAGUCACACUAGCUCUGUUUUGCUGCUUUUUUUUUCUUACAAAGAACAUUGCCAAACAGUUGUGGUGCAACAAACACUAGGGACCUGUGCCCCUGUACAUAGGAGUCACUUCACCAUCACCCAUCUGUUCCUGCUCUUGUAUGAUGUGCCCCAUUCAGCCAAGGGGAGUGGGGUGCUGAGUCUUUAGC